AACACUUGAAAAUUGUUUAUUGUUUGGUUUCUACCGCGAAUUCUCUUAAAUUUUUAAAUUUGCUUUAUUGCACCAUAUUAAUGGAUCAAAACGUCAAGAAUAUCGACCUCAAUCUCGACAAUAUUGAGGUUCUGACCACCGGAACAGCGGCCGAGUUUGUGAACGGCAUACUAGACUUUCUGCUUUUCCAACGCCGCCAAAUUCCCUUCGUGUACAAAACAUACAAAUAUUAUGUGGAUAAAUGGUCUGAUGCGGAUGAGACAAGGGAAUCGACGGAUAGGGAGUCGUUUGCCCACUAUCAGCUUAACCAGCAGCGCUCCAAGGCAAAGGCCACCAAGAAAUCCAUCAGUGACAUGAGAGAGCUCAUUCGACAGGCCUUUAGGACCUCUGAAGUAAAGAGUCUACGAUUUCUGUUCGGAAACAAUACGUUUUUGCCCUCGGAGUCUUAUACCCUGCACAUACCACAUGAUUCCAUAUCCAGGGAUCACUAUUGCGAGCACCAUGCUCUACCAGAAGGUCGCAUAAAUCAGGCGCUGCUCCGCCUCCUCACUUGCGAGGAGUUGCACACCCUCUUCUCCACGGAACUGAAUGCUACCAAUGUGUUCCUGGAAAUGGAACUUCUAACAGGAAAUGAGAUUGCUCAAGGAUCCCGAAAGGACCCGGCCAAUCUGAUCCCCAAGGAUGUCUUGAGUCAAUUGCCACGCAGUUGCAAGAACAUACACAUGCACCUCUUGCAUUGCAGCGAGAAUACAUCGACUGAAAUGCGCUGCUGCAAGGAAAUGACCAUUUUCGAGGACUUUGGCCUGCUGAAUCUGAAUAAAUCUGAAAAAGAAGGUAGCAGGGCUAACGACUGUUCGGAGAGCACCAAGGAAACCAGCGGCUGGUGGCAGGCGGAUGUCAUAGUUCGAGGUUUCAGGGCUCCUGCCAACCAAAAGUCCGGAGAAUUGUGGUCCAGCUAAAAUUGUUGGUAGUUAAGACAUACAUCUAAACUAGUACGUUUGUGCAAAUCCCAAGAAUAAAUGUGUCAAAUUAAUCAUACUUAU